GUAUUUUGUUAAUAUAAUUCAUAAGAAGGUUCUGUUUUCAUCAUUUUCAGCAAGAGCAAUUCAUAAGGAGGUUCUUGGUUUUGGGUGUUCCACACUCCUGACAUUUCAAGGUCUUCCCCUUUUUCCAGGAAAAUAGAGCCAGUCAAGAUUUCAAAGUCUUGCUCCUCAACUGCGAGGAAUUUGCACACUGGAUUCUAAGAAAAACUCUAUAAAUUCAAAGGAUUCACCAAGUCUUAACCACACAAGCUUUUUACUUUCUCUUUUCUCUUCCCCAAGCAUUGUUUUAUAUUGAUUUGUUCUGUCAUGCAGAGGUUUAGAAACAUCAACCUGUACCGUCUUUCCUGUAACACUUCUCUACCAUCAUCUUCUAAAUUCCUUCGUCUUCCAAGGAGGACAUGUCUCUGUACUGUAUCUUCCUGGCUUGGCUUUUCAACAGGCAUACUUCUUCUGGCCUUCCAAUUGCUCUCCAUGACCAGGAGUUGCAGUGACAGUAGUUCAUUCUUGAUCAAGAAUUUUUCAGCUUCAACAGCAUCAUUGACUGUUAAGGCAUGGAUGGAACCUGAAAGUAAAGCUAAGCAGAUUGGAUUACUCAAUGUAACAGAGGAUUUAUAUGAUGGAGUUACUGUAGAUAUGAAAGAGCCUAUGGACGCUAAAGUUUUUGUUUCUUUACUUAGGGCUUCCAUAUCAAAAUGGAGGCAACAGGGGAAGAAGGGUGUUUGGAUCAAGUUACCCAUUGAACUUUCUAGUCUUGUAGAACCUGUGGUUCAGGAAGGAUUCAGGUAUCAUCAUGCUGAAUCGGACUACUUGAUGCUCGUGUAUUGGAUACCCAAUACUCCUGAUACUCUUCCAGAAAAUGCCUCCCACAGAGUGGGAAUUGGGGCUUUCGUAAUGAAUAGUCAUGGAGAGGUACUGGUAGUUAAGGAGAAGAAUGGUGGAUUUAGAGGUACAGAUGUAUGGAAAUUACCCACUGGAGUAGUUAAUAAGGGUGAGGAUAUUUGUACAGCAGCAGUCAGAGAAGUUAAAGAAGAGACAGGUAUUGAAACAGAAUUUGGGGAAGUUUUAGCAUUCAGGCAAAGCCACCGAUCAUUCUUUCGCAAAUCAGAUUUAUUUUUCAUUUGCAUGUUACGACCACGCUCCUUCAACAUUCAAAAGCAGGAUUCAGAGGUUGAGGCAGCUCAGUGGAUGCCAAUUCAGGAGUAUGUGGAACAAUCUUAUAACAAAGAACAUCAGCUUUUCAAAUAUGUUGCUGAAAUAUGCAAAAGCAAGUCUGAGGGCGCAUAUGUUGGGUUUUCUGCGAUGCCCAUAGCCACAGCUUCUGGUAAAGAUACCUACUUGUACUUCAACAACCUGGAUUUUAACAAGUUUUAAGACUUUCCUUGCGGAAUCCUUGUACUGUUACUUCAAUAAUAAGGGUUUUUUUUAAUUUUUUUAA